CGCAGAGACGCCCCGCCCCCGCGCGGCGCUGCGGAACCGGAGCUCCGGGCGGCGUCGGCCGCGGCGCGGGAGUCUGCAAGGCCCGGGCGGCAGGAGCCGGCGCGGCGACCGCAGCGAGAGCGGCGGGGACGGAGCAGACCACGACGAAGGCGCACAGGCAGCCGGGCCGGGCCGGGCCACGGGGAGAGCGGCCGCCGGGAAGCGGGCGGGAGGCCGGGCGGACAGCGGGCAGCCGCCGAGCUGCGGAGCGACAUGGUGCUGCUCAAGGAGUAUCGAGUCAUCCUGCCUGUGUCUGUAGAUGAGUAUCAAGUAGGGCAGCUGUAUUCUGUGGCUGAGGCCAGCAAAAAUGAAACGGGUGGUGGAGAAGGCGUGGAGGUCCUGGUCAACGAGCCCUAUGAGAAGGACGGUGAGAAAGGCCAGUACACACACAAGAUCUACCACUUACAGAGCAAAGUGCCCACAUUUGUUCGAAUGCUAGCCCCAGAGGGAGCCCUGAAUAUACACGAAAAAGCAUGGAAUGCCUACCCUUACUGCAGAACUGUUAUUACGAAUGAAUACAUGAAAGAAGACUUUCUGAUUAAAAUUGAAACCUGGCACAAACCAGAUCUUGGCACCCAGGAGAAUGUGCAUAAACUGGAGCCUGAGGCAUGGAAACACGUGGAAGCCAUAUAUAUAGACAUUGCUGAUCGGAGCCAAGUACUGAGCAAGGAUUACAAGGCAGAGGAAGACCCAGCAAAAUUUAAAUCUAUCAAAACAGGCCGAGGACCCUUGGGCCCAAAUUGGAAGCAAGAACUUGUAAAUCAGAAAGACUGCCCAUACAUGUGUGCAUACAAACUGGUUACUGUCAAGUUCAAGUGGUGGGGCCUACAGAACAAAGUGGAAAACUUUAUACAUAAGCAAGAAAGGCGUCUGUUUACAAACUUCCAUAGGCAGCUCUUCUGUUGGCUCGAUAAGUGGGUUGACCUGACGAUGGACGACAUCCGAAGGAUGGAAGAAGAGACGAAGAGACAGCUGGAUGAGAUGAGACAAAAGGACCCAGUGAAAGGAAUGACCGCGGAUGACUAGAGGCACCCCUCUCCCUUCUGCACUUUUUGCAAGACAGUGGUCAACAGGAAGGCCCAGCAGCUCCACCCUCCUGAGUGACAGGCCAUCUUCGGACGCAGCCUUUCUGUGCCCAUUCUUCAGGCAACUUUCAGUCCCUUACUGUAGCUAAUUCUAGAUGCCCUUUAAUAUUGUGAACAAAUAGACCGUCUGGUAUUAUGAAGCCCGUGUGUGCGGGAGCCUGGUCCUCUGAGAUAUAUGGCGUGUAGGUUGCUGUAUUUACAGCUCCUCCCUCUCCAACCAUUUUGUUCUCAGCCCAUUUCUGUGUGUCCCCCCCCACGUCCCCCCCACAACCCCCCCUUUAUUUCCAAGUGACAUUUUUAGUCUUUCAAAAUAGCUGCCUUUUGUGAUGUGGUGAUUUGAAUGAUUUAAGUUCAUUUGUUUUCGACCUGGGGAGAAACUGAAGUAUUUUGCUUCCUGGGCAAAACUGCAAAUAGAGGCAGUUUUGAGUGCUCACCUGGGGAGAGAUGAGUUAGAAAUACAGUUUUUUCCUCCAGUUCCACAGAACAGCAGUGUGGCUUCAUAACUCUGAUCUCUGCUCUCAGUAACCCAUUGUUAAUGUGCUGUAGGCACCAAGGAAGUAACCAGGGCCCAUCCAGUCUCUGUUUUAAAAAUGUAACAAAUACAGAUAACCCCUGCCCCAGGAUCACAUCUCUGGUCACUAGUCUUAGAGACACCCGUGGCUUCUUGGCCCUCCUGUUGCUCACUCUGUCUGAACCUUGCAGAGCCCACAACAUGUCCGGGUCAGUUCUCCGCGUGGAGGGACCUGUCCAGUGUGGCCCUUAGAAUUGAGUCAGCCCCAUAUGUACUAAUUAGUCUGUCCCACCCCCCACCCCCACCCCCACCCCCGGAGCUCUGUAUGUCCACGCUCCUCUUCCCUUUUGGGCUGGUGCUGCCACUCAGCAAUAAUCCUCUCUUCUCUGUGCUUUGUUAGAUUCCUGUCCUCUGUCUCUGAGGCUGGUCAGGACAUGAGGGUCCUGAUGUUUUCAUGCUGCACAAAACGAGCAUGCAAAAAGCUUUUCCCCAGCAGAACAUGUUCCCUCUUGUCUCCAGUUGCUGGAAAGGAAUUUGGGGAUCAGGAACUCAGCUCGUCCCGCCCCCAUGCUGAGUUCUGUCCUGGACAAUCAAAAGCAAAAAGCAAGUAGUGCUCGUAGCAUAGAACUCUACCAAAGGGAGGCCGGUGAAAAUGUCCAGACUCCAGGGAAGGUAGAAGCUGCCAAGUGCUCCGUGGUUGUAUACAACUUGGCGGAACCCAAGUAUGCCUUCCCAGCGGGAGAGUCUGAGAUAGCUGUGGUGUCACCUGACAUUUCCCAAGGCUCGUGAAGUAUGUUAGCCAAGUGUGUUGUGAUCCAAGCCCAUGCUAGUCUGGGUGCAGUGGCUGAUUAAGAGACCAAAUCUGUGUUGGGAGAGCGAGAAGUAGGAUGGGAUCAUUUAUCCUUAUGUUGUCGUCAGUUUGUUUUGCCUUACUGAUUUCUAAGUGCAAUAAGGGAGUGUUUCACAGGAUUGCACCUGUGACAUCCUGAUGGCUGCUUCCCUGUGACCCUCUUGGGGCAACAAUGGACAGACUCAGACCCCUCAGUGUGGUUAUCUCUCACCUUCAUUGAGGCCUAUUUGGGACCAGGAAAUGUCCUGUUACACCUUCCUUUCAGGCUCCUCACCUUGUGGGGCUACAGUAAUGGAUCUGGGGCAAUUCAGUUGGUUUUUAGGAUUCCCAACUGCUGGUAGCAUCUAUUUGGGAAAGUGAAGCAUUCUUACUGGAGAAAAAUGUAAAUGUUUUCCUAUAAGCUGUGUAUUAGCUAUAAUUAUAUUUGUGCUUAAAGUUUUCCCUUCAUUCAUCAGCUAAAUCCAGAUGUGGGUUAUCCUGAGAGAAACGAACCAUGAUGUUCUAAGCCGACAGUAUGUGGUUUGAGGGUCAUCAUAUGUUAGUCUCCUUGCCUCAGCUUUUCUCUGAGAUCCACACGUACCAUUCCAACUCUGGUGGGCCUUGCUCUUUAUCUGGCUUUUCUCUGGCUCCUCCCAUCUCCACCUGUUGCCCCAGUUUGCAAGCAUCCACAUGAGCUGAGCUAGAAUUUCCUGAGGUCAGCUGGAUCUGGGGCUCUAGCCCACAGAAACAUAAGGUGGGGUGUCCCUGGUCUAUUCUAUCCCCAUGGAUAGGGAUGCUGCUGGGCAACAGUGUUGGCUUUUAAGUAUCCCUCUUACCUUCUCACCCACCUCCUGACUAGCACUGACUAGCACUCAGAGGGGUUUAUGAUGAAAGACUCAGCUCCAGGGGUAGUACCUGAGGAUGUGCCGUGCCCCUUCAGACCAGCUGCUUCCAUCAGAUUUCCAGGGUCGGAGUCUCGGUUUGAAGCAGCAGUGCCUCUGUAAGGGGGCGGUGCUGGCCUCUGGCCUUCUCACAGAGAGAGGUCAGGGACAGGGUCAGUAUUGUGGGCAUGUGUAUAUCUCCCCAAGUUCUCUUACGGUCCCUGCUGGGACUCCCUGACUUAUUUUGGUUGGUUCCUAGUGCUACUUCUUUUACAAAAUACACUUUGUAGAACUGAUUAGAUUACCUUGUUUAUUUAAUGUGAGUUUGUGCCUUUUUGUCUCAAUCUUCCAAAACAGGUAUAUUGGGGGAAAAAGCAGUCUAAUAAAAUCCUAGACAGAG